CUCCUUUCAAGACAUUGCAAGACAAAACGACAUUGCGAAUGGAGGCAUCAUGACAACUUGCACGGUUUGAUUUAUCUAAGCUAGUCUACUGUACUCGGCGGCAUACUUGAGAACACUGUCCUGCGCCUUUUGGCCGCGGAUGGCGACGCGGGGGUCAUUGAUGGGCGUAACUGUGGCCAUGUGGCUGUCAUAAUCCCAGUUGGGGACCUGGGCGUGGUUGAUAAAGAUGAGGGGCCACUUCUUGAUGACCUCGUCCACACCACGCCAAACGUUGAUCUGGGCAUACCGCUUGUGCUUCUUGAACAGUCUCUCGGCCUCCUCCUCACCAAAGUACUCAAUGAUGCCGUCGCGGAGCGUGCGGCGGUCACGGUCAACGUGGGCAAUUGGAAGGGAGGCCGAGGUCAUGCCCUUGUUGGCCACGUUCUUGGUGCCAAAAUCGCGAGGAUGAGCACCGUUUUGUCGGAUGCGGAAGAUGUAAGGCUCCACGAUGGGGGCCUUGGUGAUGUCGGCAAUGAUCUUCUUGCACUCGGCAUAGUACUCAGUCUCAAUCAACUUGCGGCCCUCGGGAGUGUUUCCAGCAAGCAUGUCCUCGGUGGAAAGGUUGCUGACGUGGUCGGCGAGCUCGUAGCCGUCUCCGGCGAGAGAUGGCUUGGGCUCCAAGUGGCGGAUGUCGUGAGCCACAAUGUUGACCUUCUGGGGCUCGUUGAUGUUGGUGUUGCCAUUGCCAUAGUCGACAAAAGCGUCGGCACCGUCCUUGGUGCCAUUCCACAUGCAGACAAAGCCUGUGGUGGAGGUGGGGGCGACAGCAGCAGCGGCCAUUCUGAUCGAUUUCGAAGUUGUAUGAAAGUUGAGAGCGUUAAGAGCAGGCGGCAGAGGCUUCUAGUGGAUGGUGGUGAUGGUGAUGAGAAACAAAACAUUCAGAGUGCGCGCUGA